ACCAAACUAUUUUUGUUAUGUUGCAUUGUAUUUUCCGUGCAAAUUUUCUAAUAAGCAGUCAGAGUAACGAAAAUUAGUAAGAUAGUAAGAAACAUUGACUUAUUAACAAACAUUAUGCCGUGGAAGUUAAGUAUUCAAAGUUAAUUAGUCAAAAUUAAUAAAAGUAGGUGAUGGUUUUCCGUAUUUGAUACCGGGUAUAAUAAAUAAUAUUAUCGUACUGAACGUAGAUCACUAUCAUUUAAAAUUGUUAACUUAACUAGGAAUCAUGAGGAAGUUAUUAAUACCACUUUUCAUUCUGAGUAUUGCAGUUCUUCAAAUCAAAGCAUUUGGAAUGGAUGAUAUAAUUUAUUUAUCCAUGGAACUAUGGACUAAAUUUUACGAAUGGCCGUUUACCUCGGAUCCCGUCAUUUUGGAGGAGUACGACUUCAUAGUCAUAGGUUCGGGUUCUGCGGGGUCUGCAGUAACGAACAGACUGACCGAAAUCAAAGACUGGAAAGUACUUUUGCUCGAAGCCGGUAAACAACCUAAUGAACUAUCUGACAUUCCAUAUUAUGCCGCAAUUUACCAACUUUCUCCCUACAAUUGGGGAUACAAUAUGGAGAAACAGGAGGGAAUUUGCAAUGCCAUGGAAGAUGGAAUCUGCAGUUGGCCAAGAGGAAAAGCUUUAGGAGGGACGACCACUAUUAACUACAUGAUAUACACGAGAGGCAAUCCGAUAGAUUACCAAAAGUGGGAGGAACUAGGAAACCCAGGCUGGUCUUACGACGACGUUCUUCCAUAUUUUAUAAAAUCCGAAGACUGUCACUUAGGAAAUAUUUGUCAAAAUGGAUACCACAACACUGGAGGUCCUUUAAGCACUGCAUAUUCUUACAAGAGUAAAAUAUCGAACCCCUUCAUAGAUGGAGCUGUCGAACUUGGUUCAAAACGCGCAGACUACAACUCAAGAGACUACAUGGGCUUCUCAAGAAUGCAAUCGACUCAGAAAAAUGGUAGGAGACACAGCGCAAAAGCGGCGUUUUUGGACCCAAUUCGAAGCAGGUCGAAUUUGAGCAUCUUAACCCAAGCCAGAGUUACCAAAAUUCUAAUAGACCCUGAAACGAAGACGGCAUACGGAGUUGAGUAUUAUCACAAAAAUAAAAAGGUUACCGUGCGGGCUACAAAAGAAGUUAUUUUAUCAGCUGGUACAUUCAAUUCUCCUCAACUUUUGAUGCUAAGUGGAAUCGGGCCGGAAGACCAACUAAACAAAUUCGGAAUACCAGUUAUUCAAAACCUACCUGUAGGAAAAACUCUUUACGAUCACAUAACUCCAGUUUCGUCAAUGUUUAUUCUAAAUCAAACAACGGACAAUAUUCUACAAGCUUUUAAUCCACUUUCCAUGACAAAUUGGCUUCUAUUUGGAGAAGGUGUGUACACGUCCAAUUCUGGAAUAGACAAUAUUGGGUAUAUCAGGACAAAUGUUUCGGAUGAUGUAGAGGGGUAUCCUGAUAUAGAAAUUCUUAUAAAUAGUUUGGGUGGUAUGAACUUUGAUGGAGGGCUAGUGUCGCGGACAGAACUCCGUGUAAGGAAAGACAUAUAUAAAGAAUACUUUCAUCCACUGGUGGGAGUUCCAAGUUACAAUAUGUUACCAAUGUUAUUACAUCCCAAAUCUAAAGGUUAUAUGGAACUUAGAUCGGCCGAUCCAUUCGAUACACCAAAGUUGUAUGGAAACUACUAUUCGGACCCUGAGGGGCACGAUAUGAAGACAAUGAUUAGAGGAGUGAGGUAUGGUCAGAGACAUGCCAAAACGCAGGCUAUGCAGAAGUUAGGAGCUAAGGAGUACGAUAAACCUUUUCCAGGAUGCAAAGAUUUGGAAUACGACUCUGAUAACUACUGGGAAUGCGUCUUGAGAAGUGCGACAGUCAGCGUCCAUCACCAAAUCUCUACAUGCAAAAUGGGUCCAACAACAGAUCCAGAUGCCGUUGUAGAUAAUAAAUUAAGAGUGUACGGUAUAGAAAAAUUGAGAGUAGCCGAUGGGAGUAUUAUACCUCUUCCGUUAUCAGCUCAUACGAAUGCACCGUGUAUAAUGAUUGGAGAAAAACUAGGCGACUUUCUAAAAGAACAAUGGAAAAAAGUGUGAUAUUUUUAGGUAGUGACUUACGGGAAACCGGUGCUGGAAGUCAAGUUAAUUUUAAUCGGAAUCCGGCACCAGGUUACCAUCUAUUAUAAGUGUUUCCUAUUAAUGUAUUUAAAAGUAACUAAAAAUAAAAACCGUUAUCGUAAAAAAAC